AUGGAUAUCGAUGAUAUUUUAAAAGAUUUUGAAGAAUCUUCACGAAAUGAACAACUUAAUACAAGAUCAUCAAACACUGCAAAUUUAUAUCAAGAAUUAUUAACAUGUAUGAUUAAUGAAAGAAUGUCACCCGAAUUAUUACCUUAUAAACAUGAACUUAUGUCAUCCAUAUUAUCAGCUAUGUCAGAUCAACAACAAUUUUUAUUAGAAUCACAUGAAUAUGGAGAUAUGAAUUCAUCAAAUGGAAUAUUAUCAAGUGAUUUUAAAUUACAAUUAAUGAUUAUUGAAACUGAUUUAGAAAGAUUAAAUUUCAUCAUUCGAAUGUAUAUAAGAACAAGAAUAUCAAAAUUAAAUAAAUUUACUAUAUUUUAUAUUAAUGAAAAUAAUGCCAAUGAUCAAUUAUUAAGUAAACAAGAAAAGAGAUAUUUACAAAAAUAUUUCCAAAUAUUAAGUCAAUUGUAUAAUAAUUGUUUUUUAAAGAAAAUGCCUCAAUCAUUAACUUUCUUAGAUGACACUCGUGGUGCUGAAUCUAUGGUGGUGACUCCAGAUAUAGAUCAACCAGUAUUUAUUAAAUGUAUCCUGGAUAGACCAAUUAUAUUAGAUCGAGAUGGAAAUACAGAAAUUGACUUGGAAUUGGUGAAAAAUGGUGUAUAUGUGGUAAAAUAUAGUCUAGUUAAAAAGUAUAUAGAAAUAGGCGAUAUAAUAAUGAUUUAA